UCUUCGGCCCGAACGAUUGGCGUAGCAUCGCGUUUCCAAAUCGCGCGCUUGUAUCGCGAAAGAGGGACGCACCUGCAUGCCGCCUCGGCGCGCAGCUGCGACCUUCGACGCCCUUGUACCAACGGUCGUGCUGUGCGACGCCCGUCCUCCUCAUUUUUACGCCGGACGCACGCACGGUCACGCGCGUGGAUCGUUUCUCGCAUCUUCGUCCACUAUCUCGCUUCGUCCAUUCUCUUCGCCUGUCCCGCGAAUCCAUCCUUCCCGCCUAACCUCUCGCCCCUCUCUUUCCUUUCCCGCGGCCAAAGGACGAUACUGUGAUCCUGCGAAGGAAGGGGAAAAAAGUGUGAUUCGGUGUUUCGGCAAAGAUCGGCCGUUUCCGCCGGUACGUACCGGUAGUGCGCAAUAGAAUCGUGCCGUGUUUUCGCGAGUGUAUUACGGUGAUCGGCCCUCUGGAAGGGGCAUCGGCGAAAGGAUCGGCUGGCGGAAAGUCGGAAGUCGAGUUCCCCAUAUCGAUUAAAUAUCGAUGAAUUGACGAUGUAUCGACAAGAUCAGCCAGUGGAAUCAUGGUGGUCAUCACGCUCCAUUUCUUUCGACCAAUUGCUUUCGAUGAUCGACUAUGGCGAGCUCGGCGCCAAAAAUAAUUGCCAGACCUCCGCGAUUGCAAGGCAGAAAGCGAAACGAGAGCGUUUCUUCUUCCUCGCUUCAUGUGUAUACGUUACGCGACUGUGUUGUUGCCUUCCUGAACCCAUCCUUUUAUUGUUUUUAUUUUCUUCACCUUGCAUGGAGCGGUACAGUGGUAACUUCAAGGGAAAGGCGAGCACCGAGAGCCGAGAGGCGGAAGAGCAGGGUAGCAGCACGACCUCGCCCUCGGAGGGCAGGCACGCCGACGGGACAUCCGGCUCGUCCGUCCUCGAGAUGGGCAGCACGGAUUCGGCGGGCAGCGCCCACAGUGGCGGCCCUUCCUGUGGCCUGGUCAGUUCUCUUUUUCCGAGCAGCUGCCGUGGACGAGCCGAGGCGUUCGCCAGACGCCUCCACCGACGGCUCACGUCCCUAGGUGGCGAGAACAGUUCCCAACGAAACGAAGAAUCUCCCUCGUUGCCCAAAGAGACAUCCUGGUUGCGCUCCACGACCACGGCCAAGUCCAUCAUGAACAACACGACCAACAAUCACGUUCUCCAGCAUCAACCGCGCCACAAUCCUGAUACGGAUCUCUGCUACGACUUCGAUCUCGAAUUCGAGGAUGGCCUCAGCUCGCCCGCGGAGGAAGCCACCGCGGCAGAAGUGGCGGAUCUGGUGGUGAACCAGGAGGUAUUGAAGUCGAAUCAUCACAGCAUCCAUCACAGCUCGCCCAAUGGGUCCAAGGCAGUGCUCUCCAGCAUAGAUUCUGAAUCUGGCUACGCGUACGCGUCCCCGUUGCUAGGCACAUCCCCCGACAGCGAUUCCUCCGACAUCUUCUUCGAUCCGGAGUCGUCCGACGUGGAGAAGUCGAAGAACGAGAUGUUCUUCGAUCCCGUGACCACGUCCGACAGCGAGAUCACCACGUCGAAUCUGUCGAACGGAUGCGACACCAAGGCGAAGAACGCCGCUUCCUACCGCAGAAAACUGGACUUCAACGUGAUGGAACAUUCCGAGGACACAUCCGAAUCGAGCGCCUCGUACAGGAAGAGCAACGUGGUGUGCGACGGCAACAAGGAGACGAGGAAGAACGACACCUCGGUGUGCAGCUCGGAGGAUUCGAACGACAGAACCUCGCAGGAAACGUCCACGUCGCCCAGCCACGAGUCGCUGUGGAGCACGUUCGACGAGAGCACUGUCUCCCUCCAGGACGAAAGUCCCUCCAAAUCGAAUGUUCCUGGCUUGAACAUGCAGAAUCGGUUGCCCAAGUCGCAUUCCGAUUCCGAGAUACCCGUAAACGGAUCGAGGAUCGUGAUCGGUUGCUCGUUGAACAGGAGAGACGAGACGGUGGUGCAACACGCCGAUGGUACCGACGAGGUCGAUUUCGUGAACGGUUUGUCGGAGAAUGGGAAGCUCGAGGACAUCAAGAACGCUAGGAAUCUUGCCAAAGAGGAGUCUCCGGAUUCGUCCGAUACAUACGAGGAGGAUCUCCCUUACGACGAGGAGAAGCCGCAACACUCGAACAACGUCCUCAAGUUGGACGAGAUCGACGGUGGAAACGAGACGGUCGACGAUCGUUCCACGUACACCGGCACGAACAGUAUCCCUGGUGCUUUCACUCUGGAAUAUCCCGUAUCGGACGGGAUGCUCGAGACAACGAAGAACGAAGUACAAAUAGAGAACGGAACUGUGACGAAUAGCAGCGACGAGGACAAAAUGUGCCUUCUGCUGCACAAGCUGGCGACCAGUCCAACUGUGAAGGACGACGUUGUCCGCGUCGUGGAUCAGGAGCCACGGAAAGACAACGUUGAGGAGGAAGAGGAGGAGGAAGGGGAGGAGGAAGAGGAGGAGGAGGAGAGACCACAGAAGAUCAGACGAAGUUCUUCUUUGAAAACGGGAAAAACUCCACCAGGCACUCCUGGCAGAAAGAAGAUCGUCCGAUUCGCGGAUGUGCUAGGCCUAGAUCUCGCCGACGUGCGCACCUUCUUAGACGAGAUCCCGAAAAUUCCUAACUCAGCGUAUAGCGACUUGAUCUACGACGAUAUUUUCCAGAAGGACACUAGCCCCGUUAACACCUUGCCGAAUUCCAGCCAAUGGGGAGCCAGAUACGUAGAAAGCAGGCGUGGCUCCGCCUGCGCGAUCCCUCCCCGCAAAUUAGACAGAACUUUGGUGCCUCUGUUCCAGCAGCCUGGCGGCCAGCCGAACUUUCUCGACUUGGUUCGGGAGCGUCGCGUGUGCCUAGAGAACGUGCUCGUUCAGGAUCCCCUCACGUUCUGCAUCCAGGGCACUGUCCGCGUGAUCAACCUCGAUUUCCAUAAAUCGGUGCACAUCAGAUACACGUUGAAUUCGUGGCGUAAUUUCAGCGACCUGCAGGCCACCUACGUGCCUAAUUCGUGCGACGGUUUCAGCGACAAAUUCUCGUUCCUUCUCUACUGUCACACGUUGCCAGUCGGCCAGAGACUCGAAUUUGCCGUUCGAUUCCACUGUAAGGGAGAGCAGUACUGGGACAACAAUGCUGGUUUGAAUUACUGUUUCCAGUGUUUGCCAGCUUCGCCGACCGUUGGUUAUAUACCAAUCACGGCACAAGCGAACCAGCAUCAUCACGAUUGGUCAUCCGUGUUUUAUUGAUUAGCGAUUGAUUAUACGAUUACCGUGUGCGGUGCCCGCACGGAUUGCGUUGUGGGUGUUGGUCGCCACGUGGACGUACCACGACCGGAGACGAAGAGUCUGAACUGAUGAGGAAAAAGGCUAACGACAGAGGUAGACGAAGUGGAGCAGUUUCGAUGGAGAAGGGAAGAGAGAGCCUAUGGUUGUAUAAACGUUCCUAGAGUACAUAUAUAUACAUAUAUAUAUAUAUAUAUUUACUGUACAUAUUUGUCUCGCGUCGAUCGAGAGGGAACUGGUAGCAGCAUCGAAGAGGGCAGCACUGGCGUCAAUUAUUCCUUCCUGCCGCGUGAUCGCGUGGAAACUUGAUACACUCGUUAUAGACUGAUUUUUUACACACGUUCGUUGUUCCUUGUUUUAUGAGAAUCCACAAUUACGGUUAUAGGUGGUGGUUUUUAGAAGGGACGCCGAGGUAUUCUUGGGAAGAAGAUGGGAUUUGGAAGGCGAGCAUGAAACAUUCAAACUUCGUCCAUGAAGAGCAUGAUUAUGAGGAUUAUAUUUUUCACGUUCCUAGAAAGUACCUAAUAUAAUUCUACAAGGUUUCACGUCACAAUUGAGCCUAAUGUGUCUAAAAAGGGCACACACAUCGACUAGAGUUGGAAAUGUUAUCGCAGAAGUCGCUUAAAAGGAGACUGUUUUACGAAACGAGACGUUCGUUGGAAGGAUUUUUACUUUGAAAAGUGGUAUCGCUUCGAGGGGGCUCUUUUUUCUUCUUUUUUUUUCCUUCCUAUUUUUUUUUAAUAUUAAACGAGUAUCGUUGAAUUGAUUCGUUAAAGUUUAAACAAAUCUCUCUUGACGAACUUUUAUCUACACAGAAAACAUAUCUGCUCGGCAAAUUUUCGAGACUAUGAUGCGAGUUUUGUUUGAAAUGAAUGUUUCGUUUAGUUCAGUGACAUAGCAUACUUUUAGCAACGAUAGAUGGUACGAGUACUCGAAAAAUAAUUGAAAAUACUUGGAAACUAAGUAUUUGAUCAAAAUCAAUUCGACCUGUGCCAAUCUGAUUUAGUGCCAUUAUUAUGAAAUUGGAAAGAAUUGCAAGAAUCGAGAUAAUAUAUCAUCGUGUCUUGUUCGUAAGAACAUUUCAAAUGAAAUGUGAUAAUUAACAAUUAUCACAAAUAUUUCUUUCCUGAUUCCGAAUUUCAACUAUGUGAUCGUCGCAAAUCAGGGAAAUCGAGGCCUGAUCUAUCGAUAGAUACUAUAUCACUGUAUAAAUCGUCGAAUGUCAAUCACAAUUUUAUUUUUAUCACGCACAUGAAUUUCUAUACUUGCCAGGAUGCCAGAAAUGUGACGAAAAUUUAUUAUGAAACGAAAGUUUGUGCACUUUUAACAAUGAAUCCAUCUUUUUGUUUCAUUACUAAUCAAUUUUUAAAUUUGUUUUUAUAGUGCAGACACACUAGUCAAAAGUUUAGAAUUAUGUAAAGAAUUAUGUAAUGUAAAGAUCGAGAUGCAAGAUUUGAAGAAAAAUUAGGUUAGAAUUUUUUUUUAUCUUGAAAAAGUCUUUCGCGAAUAAUUGUAAUAUUUAUAAUAUUAAUAACGUGAAUAUUAAUAAUGUGCAAUUGAAAAAGAGAUUCCAAAUAUAGUAAUGCACUUUAUAUCGUGACUUAGAUAUGACAUCGCCAAGAUACUAAUUUAAUAAGGAACGAUGAAAGAAAAAACGUUAAAACUGAUAGAAGGCGCGUUGCUUGGCAACGUGACGUCAUUACAUGAAUCGCAUAGCGCAUCUUAUUGCCAAGUAACGUGCUCACUAUUCUCUACUACGUUAUUAUCUAAAUGAUAUCUGAUAUAGAUAUUGAGAAUUGUAUGGUUAUCGUUUAAUUAGUUAUUUCUAUAAAUAGAUAUUCUUAGAAAUGAUGAAUUGAAAUAUAAUCAAAUAUUGUAUAAAAGAAAAGAAAGACAAUGAAAAUUUCGCUCAGUGAAAAUUUUGAAAAAUUGUUAAGGAUA